AUGACUGCAAAAUUUCAGAGUCUUGAAAACCUCCUUGAAGACAAGUUGAAAAAGAUUGAAGGAAGAUUAAAUGGUAAGUUGAAGUGCACCAUACUGCUGUGUUUACAAGAUGUUUCCCAUUGUGAAUUAAUUAUUCCAAAUCGCUAUAUAGUCAUUAUUGGGUGGCCAUUAUAGGCAGCGGCAGAUUGAGAAAGAUACCUGAAAAAUAUAAACAAAGGCCCUUCGCUCAAAACAUCGAAGUUCUGCUCAUAUUUUUUAGGUAGUUGUAUCUCUCUCAAUCCACAUAGCUAUAUAAUAUUAUGUUAUUGAGGUUAUAAAAUUAGUUCGAUGUUUUGUGUUUCUUUUACUUUUAGCAACAAUGAUCUGAGCGAUAAAACUGUCGCAAGCAAGUUUAUUUAUAAUAGCUAGUAAUAUAAUAAUUAUACUAGAAAUACAUGCAUGCAACAACCCCUCGCCUAUAUUUUCCAAACAUUGUUUCGACAUAAAGUAUGGAAGAUAUUAUUUCGCUGGCCUUAGGGUGCACGUGACAAAACGUAACAAAGCAACGACUAACCCUACUCCAAACACCAACUCUAACCCUAAUCCUUACCCUAUAAACCCUAAUCCUACUCCAAAUUUGUUUCUAAACCAAUCUUGAAGAAAAAAGUUUUGACGAAAUGUCAUUUGAGGUCAGCAAAUAGUUGAUGCCAUGAAGUAUUCGUAAUUACGCCAACACUGAGCGCAGGCUCGCGUUGCUCACGUCAUGUUAGUCAUGGCAACACGAUAAUUGUUUUUUUAAUUUUUUGUACAAACCUUCAAAAAAUAGAUGAAACUUGAAUACUUUUAAAUACAGAACUAUCAAUUUAUAAAAUAUAUAAAGUAGGUAUAUUAUUUUGUUCUCUAUGGGCUUUUUUAAUGUAAAAUUCAAAAUGAAACUCUACGUAAAACGUUUUUAAAUGUGAAUUGAAAUUAACUGCUUUUUGCCGAUAUUUUUAAACUUCUCAACUCGAGCUUCAACUUUUUACUCGCACUUUGAAAUUAAAUUUAAUUCGUACAGGACGCUAAUGAAAAUAAUUUGCUUUCCUUUUUAUUAUGAACUUCUACAAAAGUUAAUUUAAGUAAGAAACUUUCGCAUACAAUGCAUAGGAAAGACUUGAACAACAAGAACAAAGUCUAUAAUAUUACUAGAAAUACAUGCAUGCAACAACCCCUCGCCUAUAUUUUCCAAACAUUGUUUCAACAUGAAGUAUUCGUAACUACGCCAACACUGAACGCAGGCUCGCGUUGCCACGUCAUGUUAGUCAUGGCAACACGAUAAUUGUUUUUUUAAUUUUUGUACAAACCGGGAAAAAUAUAUGAAAUUUGAACACUUUUAAAUACAGAACUAUCAAUUUCUAAAAUAUUUAAAGAAGGUAUAAUAUUUUCGUUUCUAUGGGCUUUAUUUUAAUGUAAAAUUUAAAACGAAACUCUACGCAAAAGUUUUUAAAUGUGAAUUGAAAUUAACUGCUUUUUGCCGAUAUUUUUAAACUUCUCAACUCGAGCUUCAACUUUUUACUCGCACUUUGAAAUGAAACAAAUUUAAUUCGUACAGGAGGCUAAUGAAAAUAAUUUGCUUUCCUUUUUAUCAUGAACUUCUACAAAAGUUAAUUUAACCAUAGGCAGCCCAGCAAAAUGUGUAAAAAUGCAUUAAAAGCUUAAAAAUACGUAUAAAGUUCGUCUCAAUUUGCUACCAAGCGAUUUAUUUGUGUAGCUCAUUAUACAUGCAGAUUCCGAUGUUUACGUCAUUGUAUUUUCAUCGGAAUCUGCAUGUAUAAUGAGCUACACAAAUAAAUCGCUUGAUAGCAAAUUGAGACGAACUUUAUACGUAUUUUUAAGCGUUUAAUGCAUUUUUACACAUUUUGCUGGGCUGCCUAUGAUUUAACUAAGAAACUUUCGCAAACAAUGCAUAGGGAAGACUUGAACAUCAAGAACAAAGUCUAUAUUAUUAAAUACAAAGUCAUACAUAAACAAUUGAAACAAACUUGUCCUAUACUUUAGGAUUUAUCAUAUAAUAUCAAUUCUUAUCAAUGUUUACGUUUAAAAAUUGCAAAAAAGUUGUACAAUUUGUUAUGUGAAACGAUUUUCCGAGCUUUCUUACAUGUAUUUUUUUAUAUUUUUUGCCUUCUUCACUCCUGGCAAACAGCCAUAUUUUGAGAUCAGUGAUGACCACCCACUCAACACCGUUGGUGAGCGCCCACGAUCAUUGAUGAACUUUAGACUUCGCUAAUGCUUUUGUUUCCCCGGGUGUAAAUAGCCGGGGGGAAUUAGUACCCUCGCACGUCGUCGGCUCGGGGACAAAGUCAUACAUAAACUUAGCCUGAUAACAGACCUACGCUUCGCCCGCCCUAAAAUUCACGGGUCGACGAAGGGCGAAACGUAGGUGUGAUGAAAAUGUUGUCAAAAGUGCAUGUAAGUCGACCGCCUGGCGGUCGACAAAGCUGAUUGGCUAAUUCACAGGGAAAUAGGUUGUGAUUGGUCGGUCGCUAACAUGAAAAGAUUUGAAAAGAUCAAUAUUUUCAACGGUAAAUCAACGCAUAUAAAUAUGCAUACAGUUAAUAUUCUAAAUAUUUUGUGAUGCCGAACGACAACUAGUCUAUGAUCAGUAUCUUAAUCUACCGUCUAAAAUUAAAACUAGAGGGGAGUAGAUCAGUACGUGUCAAAUUCUUCAGCGUUGUAUCUUUCCGUUGUAAUAAACAAUACAAUAUAUAAUUUUUUAUACACGAUCUAAGUUUUGUGAUUAUAAAUCAUAGUAAAACUCGGAUACAAAUAUGUGCGCAUUCAUGAUUUACAUUUUGAUAACAUAGCACGUACAAAAUAUUUUAUUUAGAUUUUACCAUUGUAUGGCGAUUUCAAAAUGUAUAAAUUGUAAGAGUUGGGAUGCAAUUCAACAAUGGCACAUUGGCCAUUGCCAAAUUUGCGUAAGCAGAUUUUAUCGCAUUUAUAGAAUGUGUUGAAAAUGUUGUAUUAUUACUAGCUGUAACUGUUCAUUUACAAAGGUUUAAGUAUAUAACUGCAACGGGCUCCAUGGCGUUACCAAUAUUUUAAAUAUUUAUCCGAAUAUCUGCACUUAUCGACUCUUACUAGUUUACAUGCAAACUUGCAAUAAAGUGAAAUCGACAACUUUCAUUGUAUUUUUAGGUAUUACAUGUGUGUCAAUCAUCAUCGUUAAUUAUUGCAAAAUGCAAAGUGGGCGGAAGGCGCUUUUGACAACAUUUUCAUCAGACCUACGUUUCGCCCUUUCCGUCGACGAAUUUUAGGGCGGGCGAAACGUAGGACUGUUAUCAGGCUAACAUAAACUAGAAAAUACAUGCAUGCAGAAACCCUCGCCUUGCUGACAAAACCAUUGUAUUUUCCGAACAUGAAGUAUCUAAAGUAGUUGUCAUGGUAACACGAUAAUUUUUUAAGAAUCAGUGUGACCAGAUUUGGUAAAAAGUUUUACUUUAGGUAAAAUUUCGUGAAUUUUCAAGAAAAUUUUGUAAUGAGUUUCUUUUGGUAAAAUUUUGGUAAAAUAUGAAAGGUUUGAAUUAUUAAAAAUAGUUGGUAAAAAUGUGUGUUUUUUGUUUAAUAACGUGCUCAAAGUGAUGAACAGAACUGCCAAGCCUAAGAAAUAAAGCCUUAUCAUUAGCAAAAACUGCAAUACGAUUAAAGCAACAAGUAUUUCGAGACAAUUUUUGUUAAUAUUUUUUCUACUUUGAUGACGUAACUAUUGUUUUUUGGCAUUAUCAUGACGUAAUUAUUUGGGAAGCCGACAUUUGGUAAAAUUUUUCUUAAUUUAGUAAAAUUUGAACAAAAUUUUGGUAAUGACUGCUGAAAAAGUCUGGUCACACUGUUAAGAAUAUUCUUACAAAUAAAAAAUCGCUUAAAAAUAUCACUUUUAAUUACAAAAUUAUUAAUUUCCCAACAUAUAUAUAUGUUAGGUAUAUUAUUAUACGUAAUAUAAGCCUCAAUUUAAGGUAAAAUUCAAUCACAAACGCUUCGCAAAACGUUUUAAAGUCACUAGUGUUCUUUAUGAAACUAAAGUAACUGCCUUUUAAUUAAAAUGGUUUUAUCGAUAAACUUUGAGUUUGCAAUAAAAUGAUUUAAAAUUCUCGCUUGCAAAUAACUUUGCUUUCUUUUUUAUUUAAAAAAAUUCAAUAUCAUAAAAAAGGGAAUCAAUAGUUAAAGAUACACUGAAAUUAUAUGCUGUCUUGUUUAGUUGUUUCAUUAUACGCAAAGGCCGUCGGGUUUUAAACCAUUAUAAAAUCAAAAUUUAAAACAAACUUACCUUCGUUAACGUCGGAUCCUUUCUAUUAGCCGAUUCUUUCGCAGUUUCUUUCUAAGAGAGCUUUUGAAAUUUACAAAAUCUCGCAAAAAUGAAAUAUAUUUGCAAGAAAUGUUUGUUAUUUCGCUGUCGUCUGUCGUCAUGCAGUCGUUAUAAUGCAAACUUUAAAUUGGACCAAUCAAUGUCCGCUAUUCAUGACAGUCCGCCAUAUUUUUGAGAUCAGUGAGGAUGACCACCCACCCAACACCGUUGGUGACCCACGCCCGCGAUAAUUGAUGAACUUUAGACUCCGCUAAUGCUUUUGUUUCCCCGGGUGUAAAUAGCCGGGGGGAAUUAGUACCCUCGCACGGCGCUUCGCGCCGUCGGCUCGGGGACUAGAAAAUACAUGCAUGCAGCAACCCCUCGCCUUUCUUAGCAGAUAAAGUAUAAAAACUCCACAUAAAGUAUUAGACCAUUAUAAACAAACAUAAAAACACAACUGAUGCACUAGCUUUAUAAUGAACGAUAACAUUCACUGCAAUUUUGAUGCCUACCAGCUUGCAUUUAUAAAGUGAAUUAACGAGUUAAGCAAGUACGGCAUGGAAUUUUACUACUGAAAUGUUUACACUUACCCAAACCGGCACAACAACGAUUAAAUAUCAAAGUAUCAACAUCAAAACAUCAAAACAUCAAGACAUCAAAACAAUUAUUAUACAAACUUUGUUUCACGGUUGAACAGCCACUAAUUCAUGAAAUGCAGGCCUAUUUCCAGUUAAAACCGAGAAAAAAAAGUGUUGUACCUUUUAACGAAAUUUAAAACAAAAAAUUGACGUAAAAUAGCAAAAUACGUCCUUUCAAAAUGAAAAACAAUUGCUUCGACAGAGUUUGUACUCGCGCAUGCGCAUAACGUCGAAAACCGUUCAUGACAUAAACAAAAUGGAGGACAACUUUGCACCAUUGCUUUGCACCAGUGAACUCCAUGUCUUUUAUCUGGAAUGAUAACAUGCUGGAGAAACGUGAAGCCAAUACCAACGCCACUUGACGCGCGCUGAUUCGUGAUAGACCGCGCGGUGAUGGCGUAUAAGGAGACUGAAACUGACGUACUAUAUGGCGUGGCGAUCAGACCGCGCGGUGAUGGCGUAUAAAGGGACUGAAACUGACGUACUAUAUGGCGUGGAGGGCUGACGCCACUGCUCACGCGAGGCUUCACUUUUUAACUGCCAAAUGACUGAAUGUUAUCGUUCCAGGUAAAUAGAUUGAGUUCACUGCUUUGCACUCCGCUAUGUUUUCACAUACCCGGGUAUAAUUAGCCGUGAGGAAUUAGUACCCUCGCACGGCGCUUCGCACCGCCGGCUCGGAGACAAUUGAAACAAACUUGCCCUGCACUGUAGGCUAUACUUUAGGAUUUCUCAUACUAAAUCAAUUUUUAUAAAUGUUCACGUUAAAAAAUUGAAAAAAAAUACAAUUAAUUUGUUAUGUGAAACGAUUUUCCAAGCUUUCUUAUAAAAUGUAUAGGAUGUAUUUUUUAUAUUUUCCCCUUCUUCACUCCUGGCAAAGUUGGCAAACAGCCAUAUUUUGAGAUCAGUGAGAUGACCACCCAUACACCAUGCGCCCGCAAUAUUUGAUAAACUUUAGACUUCGCUGGUGCGUUUCUUUCCCCGGGUGUAAAUACCCGGUCGGAAUUAGUACCCUCACCCCGGGCUUACGCCCGGAACGGCGAUCCGCGCCGUUCGCUCGGGGAUUACUAGCUAUUAUAAAUAAACUUGCUUGCGACAGUUUUAUCGCACAAAUGACAGAUCAUUGUUGCUAAAAGAAACACAAAACAUUCUCAUUGUCAUUGAAGAGUUUGCAACCUAUAAAAUAAUUAUGGCAGGAAAUCCUCGCUAAUUUGAAUGGCUUGAAAACAUUCAAGUUUUGAAGUAUGAACUAUCGUUUCUCGUGUGGCAGUUUUUUGCUCAGAUCAUUUUUGCUAAAAGUUUCUUAUAUACAUGGCCAUGGUAUAAAUUUACAUUUUUUAUUUCAGCGAAGUCACUUUAUGUUCAAAAUUAAACAAGCACAGGAAAAACUUGUAACGAUAUCCUAACAGCAAAUAAAUUCGCCUGCGUCAAUUCCUUUCCAGUACACACCACAUGCGAUAUACUUUUUAACACUCGUGUGUUACAUUUAAAUAAUAUAAUUAUUUUAUUUUAUUUCAGCCAAGUCAAUCCCGGGAAAGUCUUGUAAAGAUAUCAUAGCAAGAAAUAAAUUCGCUGUAUCAGGAACUUAUUGGAUCCAGCCUGCAGUCAAUAAGUUAUUUCAAGUUUACUGUGACAUGGAAACUCACGGGGGAGGCUGGACCUUGGUUUACAGCUACACCUUUACAAAUUACAACAGUUUUACCUCGCCAAGCAAUGCCGUAACCCCCCGUCCAAACUGGCCUGCCAGUGACGCCAAUGUCCCAAUCUCAACCACUCCUCCACUCAGUGAGUCAUCUCUUGGGGCUGUAGACUGGAAUCUUUGGAAGACUAUUGGAAAAGAGUUCAUGAUCAAGUCAAAUAUCAAUGAUUGGAUUGUUUGUCAACCAAAUGGUGGAAGUCUGGUCACAAAGAUAGAAGGAUCAAUGAGUUGUCAGAAUAUAAAGAACGUGGCAACAGCUUGUGGUGGUGUGGCACCGUAUAGAGUUUUUUGGUACAAUAUUGGACCAACACUCCAUGCUUCUUCGUAUUACUAUUACUUUGAUGGACACACAGGUAAUAGCUGGCCAACACAUGAUCCUUGUGGCAAAGAUGAGACUGAUUACAAGAAAGGAGUCAGCAACCCUGGCGGACAAAUCUAUCUUCGCUAG